AUGGUCAAGUACAUUGUCGUCUGCGGAGGUGUCAUCUCCGGUAUCGGGAAGGGUGUCAUCGCGUCCAGUACCGGUCUCCUCCUCAAGACCGCCGGUCUCAAAGUCACAGCCAUCAAGAUUGACCCGUACAUGAACAUCGAUGCCGGGACUAUGGCACCGACCGAACACGGCGAGGUUUAUGUGCUGAAUGAUGGAGGGGAGACGGAUUUGGAUUUGGGGAAUUACGAGCGAUAUCUCGAUAUCAGUCUGGGGAAGGACAAUAACUUGACGACGGGGAAGGUGUACCAGUAUGUGAUUGACAGGGAGCGCCGCGGAGACUACCUCGGCAAGACCGUCCAGAUCGUGCCUCACCUGACCAACGCCGUUCAAGACUGGAUAGAGCGUGUAUCCAAGAUCCCCGUCGAUGAGACUGGAGAGGAGCCGGACGUCUGCGUUGUCGAGCUCGGCGGUACCGUUGGCGACAUCGAGUCUGCGCCAUUCGUCGAGGCACUCCGACAAUUCCAGUUCCGGGUCGGACACGACAACUUUGCACUCAUCUACGUCUCGCUCAUCCCCGUCGUUGGCGGCGAGCAGAAGACGAAACCUACCCAAGCGGGCGUGAGGGAUCUGCGUGGUCUGGGGUUGCUGCCUGAUAUCAUUGCAUGUCGGUGCGAGAACCCAUUGUUCUCAGCGACGAUGGAGAAGGUCUCGAUGUUCUGCCAUGUCUCGCCCAAGCAGGUCUUGGGGGUCCACAACGUAUCGUCGACAUACCACGUCCCUCUCCUGCUGCGGGAACAGGGUCUGCUCGAGUUCUUCCAGAAACGGCUGAAUCUGGGGGAGAUUGCGGUAGGGCCGGAGAUGAUCAAGCGGGGUGAUAACCUCCUUGAGCGGUGGAAGGCGCUCACGAAUGGUCGGGACAGGCUGUUCGACACGGUGUCGAUUGUACUUAUCGGCAAGUACACGUCAUUGCAGGAUUCGUAUAUGAGCGUGGUGAAGGCGCUGGAGCACGCUUCGAUGCGGUGCGGGCGGAACUUGGUUCUUCACUGGGUCGACUCGUCCGACCUCGAGCCACAAGCUCAGAUUGACGAUCCGGUCCGAUACCAUGACGCCUGGAGGCAUGUCUGCUCUGCCAAGGGCAUCAUCGUUCCUGGCGGUUUCGGCGUGCGCGGCACAGAAGGCAUGAUCUCCGCCGUCAAGUGGGCGCGCGAACAAAAGGUUCCCUUCCUCGGUAUCUGCCUCGGCUUUCAAGUCGCCGUCAUCGAGUACGCUCGCAAUGUCUGCGCCCUGGCCGACGCCAACUCGGCGGAGUUGUCGACCUCCACUCCACACCCCGUCAUCUGCUUCAUGCCCGAGAUCUCCAAGACGCAGAUGGGCGGAACGAUGCGGUUGGGUCUGCGCCCGACGGUAUUUGAAAAGGGGACGGAGAAGUCCAAGCUGCGUCGGCUGUAUGGCGGGCGGGAAGUCGCGUGGGAGAGGCACAGGCAUCGGUACGAGGUGGAGCCGAAGUAUGUGGAGAGGCUCGAAGCGGGCGGGAAGGGGCAGAUGCGGUUUGUGGGCAAAGAUGAACGGGGAGAGCGGAUGCAGAUGUUGGAAUUGGACGACCACCCGUACUUCACGGCUCUCCAGGCCCACCCGGAAUUCUGCUCCCGACCGCUCAACCCCUCACCUGCAUUCCUCGGCCUCGUCGCUGCAGCCUGUGGCGGCUCGGUCCUCGCCGAGCAAAUAGCCGCCAAUGACAAUGAAGGAUAUACUGCCCCUCAUCCGGAAUCGGCGAUGGUGGUGCCCGCUUCCGAAGCGGUGACGGACGGUGCCAAGGGCCGGGCGCAGCAAGUCGGCGGGAUCAGGGUUGCGGGGGAUGUGAAGGGGAAGGAUGUGGGAGAGGUGCAGAAGAAGCUGGAGAAGGUGACGCUGGGACAUGAGGGGAAGGCGGGGGAGGAGAAGGGGAGCUUGCCGAAUGGGAUAUAG